GGAGAGUUGAGAGAAGGAGGGAGGAGGAGGUGAUGGAGGAGGCUCCAGCCCAAGUAGAGGGGGUGAUAAAGGAGGUGCAGCACCAGAGGUUGGUGGAGACCAGCGCCUCCCUGGCAGCAGCUCUGGAAGCUGUGGAGCAGAAGAUUAACCAGGAUGACACACACAACCAUUCUCUAGUGGAGGAGAAGACGACAGUCAACAUUCUAGAUGACAUCGGCAGCAUGUUUGACGACCUGGCGGACCAGCUGGACGCCAUGUUGGACUAGAGCUCCCAGCGUCGCUAUAACAACCAGCCAAGAGCUGCCUGCUGACGCCAGCUAUCCCAGGGUGCUUUGCGGCUCCUGUGUAGAAUAGCAGAACUCUAUGCUAGAAGUGUUCCUGUGUGUUCGUCAUCACGCGCCCUGUUCCUGACCUAGUGCACUACUAUAUACGGCUCUGGUCAACUGCACUACAUAGGGGGGAAUGGGGAUGUUACCGUGGUGAUGUUACCAUGGUGUUGGGUGGUAGAUGUUCCUGAAGCAGGAAGUUGUAGAUGUAUGUAUUCUCCCUCCCCUCUCAUUGGUCAAGAAGUAUUCUGAAGCACACACACACAGACAGACAGACAGAC